UUGAGGGAUCAUUUUUGAAUUUCAGUAGGUGGUUUUAAUUUCGCAUUCCAGUUUUUCCUUUUUAAUUUCUCCUUGAACAUGCCGAUGAAAAGAAAUAUAGGCAGUCCAUCAAAGAAUGACACGUUUCAUCAACUACAACCAUCACAGACAAAGAGAGCUUGCAAAAGUGCAGAUGACCUCCAUGCAAUGAUUAUUGUUGACCAAGAGGAUCUCAGAAAAAGCAUGUUUUUCAAAACCAAACUGGAUGAGGAAGAGGAUUCUGGAAUUAAAUCAGAAGCUGAUGAGAGCAAUGGAAGCAUAUCCUCAGAAGAUGAUUUGGAUCACCUGGAUUAUUCAAAGAGCUUCUCUCUGACACCAAGUAUGCCAAAGAAAAGCAUCAGUCAGAUCAUCAAGGACAAAAAGAAACAGACCCAGCUUACUUUACAAUGGCUUGAGGACAAUUACAUUGUUUGUGAAGGUGUUUGCCUGCCGCGGUGUAUCCUUUAUGCUCAUUAUUUGGACUUUUGUCGGAAGGAGAAAUUAGAUCCUGCAUGUGCUGCCACAUUUGGAAAGACCAUACGACAAAAAUUUCCUCUGCUUACGACACGAAGGCUUGGAACCAGAGGCCAUUCAAAGUAUCAUUAUUACGGAAUUGGGAUUAAGGAGAGCAGUGCGUAUUAUCACUCUGUGUACUCGGGAAAAGGUUUGACACGAUUCUCUGGAAGCAAGCUAAAAAAUGAGGGAGGAUUCACCAGGAAAUACUCCCUUAGUUCUAAAACAGGAACGCUUUUACCUGAAUUUCCAUGUGCGCAACAUCUAGUGCUACAGGAGUCUGUUUCAAAAGAAAAGGUUGACACAUUGAUUAUGAUGUACAAAACUCAUUGUCAAUGCAUUCUGGACAACGCCAUCAAUGUCAACUUUGAGGAGAUCCAGAACUUCCUGCUUCACUUCUGGCAGGGGAUGCCUGAACAUCUCCUUCCACUUUUGGAAAAUCCAGUUAUUGUGGACAUUUUCUGUGUGUGUGACUCUAUACUUUACAAGGUUCUGACUGACGUUCUCAUCCCUGCUACAAUGCAAGAUAUGCCAGAGAGUCUUUUGGCAGAUAUUCGGAAUUUUGCCAAGCACUGGGAACAAUGGAUGGUGUCCUCGUUGGAGAAUCUACCAGACAUUCUCUCAAAUAAGAAAUUGCCCAUAGCUCGACGAUUUGUGUCCUCCUUAAAGAGACAGACUUCAUUCUUACAUCUUGCACAGAUCGCAAGACCUGCCCUUUUUGACCAGAAUGUGGUGACCUCUAUGGUGAAUGAUAUCGAUAAAGUGGAUUUGAACAGUAUUGGUUCUCAAGCGCUCCUUUCAAUCACAAAUGACCAAGAUUCAGACUUCUACACUGAAUAUGACUCCAUUUCAGUUUUUCAAGAGCUGAAAGACCUCCUGAGGAAAAAUGCCACAGUAGAGUCUUUUAUUGAAUGGCUAGACUCUGUUGUGGAGCAGAAAGUUAUUAAGCCCAGCAAGCAAAAUGGUCGGUCGGUUAAAAAGCGAGCUCAGGAUUUUCUUCUUAAAUGGAGUUUCUUUGGAGCACGAGUGAUGCACAAUCUCACCUUAAACAAUGCUACCAGCUUUGGCUCGUUCCACCUCAUUCGGAUGCUAUUGGAUGAGUACAUACUACUAGCAAUUGAAACACAAUUCAACAACGACAAAGAGCAGGACCUUCAGAACCUCCUGGAGAAAUAUAUGAGGAAUGCAGAUGCCAGUAAAGCUGCAUUCACAGCCUCACCGAGUUCCUGUUUUUUGGCCAAUCGGAAUAAAUCUUGUGUGGCACUGAAUGAUUCAACUGUCAAGGACGAGAACGCCCCAGAACAUGAUUUCCUGUCGCUCACGGCUACACAGCAAGGACUUGGGGCUAAUACUGUUGUGUACCAAGGUACCGAUUCGGACAGCUUCACUUUAUCUGGAGAAAUGGAUUACUCGCAGAACAGUGCGCCCCUUAUGACCCCUCCGAUAUCUCCUGCUAUGAUCAACCAUAGCAGUGUGAUCAACCAGGGUCCGAUGGCUGUGAGGCCCCAGAGCAGCUGCUCCAUCCAGGCCCAAGUGUCUUGCCAGGCUUUCCCUGAUACAAUGUACCAGAGCCUGCCCAAUGCCAGUUCUGGCUCCUACCCUAACCCCUCUUUUUACCAGCCCAUGUUUAGACCACAGACACACACUCCAACAUCAGCCUAUCAAGCUCGGGUGGAGAGCGGGCGCUACACGUCCUUCUCUGGGCACCAGCUGGCCAAAGAUUGCUUCAGUGGCAGCUGUACGGUGUCUCCCUAUAGUUCCAGGGUUUCAUCGACUGCAUAUACAGCCACAGGUGACCCUGUGAUGGACGUUGAGGGUGUACAGAUACAGGAUUCUGCAGGGUACAGCUUUGGAGGAAGUGCCACCAAUGGAGAAGGGUGUUCUGGUCCAGUUUGCACCAGUACAGGACACAGUGGCUAUUACAGCAGUAGUGGGUAUGUGGAUGCUCAGAGGAUGGGCACAUUUCUUGACCAGCAUGUUUCAGUGAUCAGCAGCGUAAGCAGCAUUCGCUCCGUCUCCGCAUAUACUGACGUGCACGACCCUCUCAACAUCCUGGACGACACAAGCAGGAAGAUAGCCAGACCCUACUACACUGAACUGUCAUCACUGGGCACACACACUACAGGAUCCAACAUAGCUCAUUCCUGCUCUGUCCCUGCACCCUGCAUGUAUGGAACUGCUGCUCCAUAUCACUCCCAGAACACACUGGUUCCUCACCAGGUGACCACAGAGGUGCGAGAAAUGGUGUCCUCCCUGCCACCCAUAUACACUGUGUUCAUGGGGUCAGCUGGUGGGCCACCCUGACUGUUGCUAAAACACCCCUUAUCUCUCAUUCAACUUCUAUUGAAUGCUAUACUCACUGCAGGUGAGAC